GCCAUCGAGUAGGGGGCGGCUUGAUUGGCUGGGGAGGUCACGUGAGGCGGAGGCUGCUGGCCGUUGACAAUAAACAUGGAGUCGAUCUUCCACGAGCGGCAAGAAGGCUCGUUGUGUGCUCAGCACUGCCUGAAUAAUUUGCUACAAGGGGAAUAUUUUAGUCCUGUUGAGUUAUCAUCUAUUGCACAGCAGUUGGAUGAGGAAGAAAGAAUGCGAAUGGCAGAAGGAGGAGUGUCUAGUGAAGAAUACAGAACAUUUUUACAGCAGCCUUCUGUAAACAUGGAUGAUAGUGGAUUCUUCUCAAUUCAAGUUAUAAGCAAUGCCUUGAAAGUUUGGGGUUUAGAACUAAUCCUCUUCAACAGUCCAGAGUAUCAGAGGCUUGGGAUCGACCCUAUAAAUGAAAAAUCAUUUAUUUGUAAUUAUAAGGAACACUGGUUUACAGUUCGAAAGUUAGGAAAACAGUGGUUUAACUUGAACUCUCUCUUGAUGGGUCCAGAACUAAUAUCAGAUACAUAUCUUGCACUUUUCUUGGCUCAAUUACAACAGGAAGGUUAUUCCAUAUUUGUAGUAAAAGGUGACCUGCCAGACUGUGAGGCUGAUCAGCUAUUGCAGAUGAUUCGGGUACAACAGAUGCAGCGACCAAAACUCAUUGGAGAAGAGACAGCACAGUCAAGAGAUCAGAGGCUACCCAGAAGUGAUGUGGACCAAGCAAUAGAAGUUAACCAUCCUUUUGAUGGAACAGGCAUGUUAGAUGAAGAUGAAGAGAAUUUUCAGAGAGCCCUGGCUCUAAGUAGGCAGGAAAUUGAUAUGGAGGAUGAAGAAGCUGAUCUUCGCAGAGCCAUUCAACUCAGCAUGCAAGGUAGUCGUCGAAGCGAGUUCUCGGUCUCAUUACCACAGAAUGUUCCUCAGUCGCCUCGCACCAGUCAGACAGGCUCCCUUUCUUCCGAAGAGCUGCGAAAGAGAAGACAAGCGUAUUUUGAAAAGCAGCAACAACAGCUACAGCAGCAAGAUCAGACCCCAAGCCUACAUUAUAAGCCAACUCUAAGCUCAAGCACUCCAGAAGCUGACCCAGGAGGUGAUAUGAGUGAAGAAGACAUGCUUCAAGCAGCCAUGAAUAUGUCUCUGGAAUCUGUUAGAAACCACUUGAAUACAGAAGAGGAGAAAUGAUAUAACUCUUUUUUCCCUUUAUUGUCAAAACACUAAGUCUCCAUUAUAAUUUUACUGUGUGGAUGUUGCACAAGCAGGGUUCAUUUCAGAGUUCUGGAAGCAGGAAUGAAAGGGGGUGCGAGGUCAGUGUAGAGGGAAUCUGCAAAUACAAAAAAAUUGCACUAACUUAGAAAACUGUAGCACUCCUACUACAGAACAUCUGUUCAUAAGAUUAGCUGUAUUAAAAUUACUUAAACUAUUCAGAUGAACAAAGUUAAACGUGUAGCAGCUGUAGCUUGCACUUAAAAAGCAAGUUUGUUUUGAAGAAUUCUAUAGAAAGUACAAAAGGUGCUGAAAACCAUUUUCAACUGAUUUCCUUCAGUACUUACGGAAAAAUAGAUACAAGUAGUAAGUUGUGCUCAUUAAUUAAGUUCUCUGUAAGAAAUAACUUAAAAUGGGAAAAAAUUAAAAUCUCUUUAUAUUAGAUAAUUUAUUUUGUGAUUGUUUAUUCUUAAUGACUUAAUGUCACCUUUUUGAUCCUGCUGUCCACUUUUGAAGUGACCCAUUCUACAGGAGAAACAUGAAUCCAUAAAUUUCAUACUUUGCAAUUCAAGAGAAAAUCUUCAGUGUAUUGUUGAUUGUGAUGUUACUCCUGAAUCUUUCAGUGAAUUCUGACCUUCUAACACUUUCUGGCUUUACUUUCAGUUCCACCUGUAAAAUUUUCAGAUCCAUGUUUUAAGUAGGAUUUUUGCAUUGCCCUAUUGUCUUUUGGCAGAUAACUUGCCUUCUUUGGUUUGGUUUUUUGUUUGUUUUCUUAUGCUCUUUGUAGUUAUGCCACUGUCCUUACUAUAAAAGUAGCAUAUAAUUGGUUGGGUUAAACAGGUUUUCUUUUCUACCUCUUCUGCAGUCUUUUUUCCUCUUCAAGCUCAACCCUUCAUUCUGGCCUUUCAGUAUGAAAGAGCUGUAACUGAGUCUAGGAGAAAGGAGGAGGGGAUUUAGGUGCCAUAAAGUCAGUGCCACACACAAAGGUGCAUUCCUGCAGUCUGAAAUGACCCCUGCACAAAUAGUUCUUUUAAGAAUGAAUAUUUAUGUCUGUGUGGAUGUUCUUUCAAAAAUGCUUUUUAUGAUUGUCUGUCAGAAUAUUGCAGCUUUUUCAGGAAUGGCCUUUAUUCACGCACCUUAAAAUAUUUUUAUUAUGCUGUUUCUGAUCCUGAGAAAAAUUGGGGAGCAAAGUUUGUGAGAUAGGUUAUGGUAUUAGACAUUUGCUUUGAUAUCCAGGAUGAAUGUAUAACAGGGUGACCAAACCUGACUUUCAACUUUAGUGAAACAAUUAAGAUCUGUUUCAUUUUCCUAAAUGGUGCUUGAAAUUCAAAUUCUGUUUACAUUUAAAUUAUAUAGAAAUAUGUUGUACAUAGACUAUGUAAGUUGUAGUCCACUUGAUGCAUUUAACAGCACAGGCAUUCUACGAAUCUUUUGAAGAUAACAAUCACAGAAUCACAGAAUGGUGGGGGUUGGAAGGGACCUCUGGAAAUCAUCUUGUCCAACCCCACUGCUUGAGCAGGCACACCUAGAGCAGGGGGCACAGGAAUGCGUCCAGGUGGGUUUUGAAUGUCUCCAGGGAAGGAGCCUCCACAGCCUCCCUGGGCAGCCUGUGCCCCUGCUCUGGCACCCACACAGGAAAGUUUUUUCUCAUGUUUAGCUGGAACUCCCUGUGUUCCAACUUGUGCCCAUUGCCCCUUGUCCUGUCAUUGGGCACUAAUGAAAAGAGUCUAGUCCCAAAUAACCCCAAAUUUCUUUAUCAAAAUAUGCUGAAGUGAUACCAUUGCACAAUAGUAACAUUCAGUUAAAAUUAGUAUGAAAUGAAUGGUAGCUAGAUGGAAAUACACAUUCAGCAUCAGGUAGUACUACACAUGAAAGGAGUCUUACCUCUCAGUAAAGACUUGUUUACAGCAAUGGUUUCUUGAUAGCUUAGGAUAUAUUCUACAUAAUUGGGCUAACUUCUGUUUUCGUUACCUGUGUGCUGAAUUUCCACCCAUGUUACCAGAACCACUGGUAUGUGUAAGACAAUAUGAAUUUUGACAUGAGACAGCACUACUUUUAAAAAACUAAUUUUGUCUUUAAAUAAUCCUGUCAUGUACAUUAUAAUUAAUACUUGUAAUAUCUCAAUACAGCUAAACAAUGGCUUCAAAAGUCCAUGUGUGCAUGUGCCAUUUUGACAUGCUGUAUUUUUCAGGAUGUAAAUUUCUGCUUUCAGUUUAAAAUUUAUAUGAAACUGAAAAUAGGAGAGGGAUCUCUAAAGCACUGAAUUAUUUCUUCGCUUGUCUGUAGAUUAUCCACAGCUUUAAUUUCCCUUCUUCUGUUGUGCCAUAAAUUGAUUGUGAAAUAAGACACUCACUUUUAUAAGUAGGUAUUGGCUGGCAACUUGAUAUCAGUACUUAGAACUUGGAUCUUUUAUCCUCUAUUAUAAGAAUAUAAUAAAAAUGUAUUAUUUCUAUAGUUAUGUAGUGUAGCAGCCCUAUGCUUAAAAAAAAAUCUAAGCCCCUUGAAUUGCAUUAACUGUAACCCAUGACAGUGACAUGUUUUUAUAAUCCCUAAAGCACGGAGGUUUACAUUUGAACUUUCAUGUCACUUUGUAAGUUAUUUCAUCACCCAAGUGUGUUACCAUGUAAGGAGUAUAAAGUAACAGUGCCUGAAAAGCACAACCCUGUCAAUGAUUACAGGGCUAACCAUAUUCCUUUCUGUGUAGAAACACUGUCACUCUACAAAUGCUGCUUUGAUUUUCAGAGGAAUGUCAAGUUUAAUGAAGGAGGCGUAUCUGCCUAGUCAAGCAGUUAAGAGGUAGCAAUUUAAGAUAUGUAUGUUAAUUGCACCAGGGGAAAAGACUAAUACUAACUGCUGACAGUACAUAUUUUAUAACCCAUCCCUAAAGUUAAAAAUGUGUGGACCUGCCAAAAAGCUGUCAAUAAAAAUCUGAUCUCAUUUUUGGUGUGCGUUCUUUCAGUGAUAAACAGUUCUCAACGUGGCUGAACUACGCUCAUAACAUGUUUACUAAUUUAGAGCCUAUUUCUAGUGUUAUCUGUUCUGUCAGGCUGAAGUUUUUUUUUCCCUGUGUUAUUGUACCUUUAGGCCAAAGUCCACUGUAAAAGAGCAGAAAUUGAUUUUUAAUUACAGUAUCAUAUUUGAGGGAAUUUCAGACUUCAUUCAUCCAACAGAUUUUUACCCUCUUCCUCACAGUGAAUUGUCCAUGUGACAUAAUUUGUGUUUUACUGCCUAUGGAAAUCAAAGGGGUAAGGGAAUGAGUGAUACUUACCUUAAAGGUCUUCCAAUAUUAUUCUGUAAUAUCAUUCUGUAAACUCCUUUCAUGGUCUUGUAAUGAGGGCAGGAGGAAAGUGGUGUAAUGCAGUCAUGCUUGAAUGCAAUUCUUGUUAGGCACAUCAGGUAUAAAUACAAGCUAUUUGAAUGCUCACAUUUUUCUGGGCUUGAAACUCGGCUGAUACAAUACUGUCUUACUCUCCCAACAUUUGGGCUCCUUGUGCCCUUCAGACAACUCCUGCAAGUUUAAAUGUAAUUUUCAGCAAAGGUACUCUUAUAUUUUCAUACUUAACUACUUUGCAGACUACUUAAAAAUUACCAAUACAAAGUUAAAUCUCCAAUGUGUUUUAAUGUUGGACUAUUGCUUCUAUUAUAAAUCAGUAAAAUGGUGGGGAGUCUAAAAUGGCCUCUGCACAUGUCUAGUAAACAAUUCUAUUUCUGUAUCUCAGACAAAUGUCAUUUGCAAGAUGUUUUAUUACAAAACUGACAAUUAGGCUUUUAAAAAUGAACAAGAACAUGUUACAGUUCUAAAAUGUGAAAUUUUCUAGAAAUUAGUUAUUGCUUCAAAUAAUGAUGAAAAUGUACAAAUGGUGACCUUUUUACUGCAAAAUAUCAUCAGGAAGGGGAUUGUAGAACUCUAGAACUCAGACUUACAAAGAAGUAUUAUUGUACAAUUCAUGUUACUAGCACAUACUUUUGAAGGAAUUGAAAAGAGAACCCAAGGAAAAGACAAAUUGAAGUGGAAAACUGUUUUUAAGGGCUUAGAUAUAAAAUUAUGUUGCUCACUUGGUAAGCCAUUACUGUUUUGCAUAAAAUAAACUUAACUCCUGGGAAAUCUUCAUAAAUAAUUAAAAGUUUAACAGCCAAUACCCAUUCCCCACAUGCACAUAAUCAGUUCAAGUAAGGACAAUACUUAAUACAUUCAAAAGGGCCCAGUCCAAAUAUUCAAUUCUUUAGUUUCAAAUUAGCAGCUUUUUUGUGUUGUAUCCAGGUUUGCACCUUAAAAGCAUGAGCUGUUUUGCAAUAAAUGUUAACUUGCAUACACACGUUUUGCCUUCCUUGCAUUUCAGACAUGGAGGGAGUGCUUUAGUAUUUAACCUGCCAUAGUCACUUCCUUCCCCAAUUACAGUUCUUCAGAACGCUAGAGUAUAUGUGACUUUCCAACUGCUUUUACGCGAUCAAAAGGUUUUUACUUUAUUUUCUUUGUUAAGAAAAGCAAAUAAUUGUUACUAUGCCUACAUUUUUUUUCACCCCCACUCUCCAGUAUAGCCACUGUGAAUUCAGGAAGGGAAACUUAUGAAAGGGUUUGAACAAGAAGGGAUGUAAUAUUUAAAUGCCACUGCACAAAAAAAGGAGAAAAACCUUGAUAUUGUGUUUAAAGCAUGCAAGCAUUGAUAAUUUUUUUUUCUUUUUUUUUGCUACAUGAAACCCCAUGUGUACAAAACAGUGUAGAGAUAGAUUUUGUAAGGGAAUAAUUUUCAUCUCUUGCCUAAUAAUUGUGUAUUUUCAGUAAUAGGGGUUUUUUGUCUUUGAGACUCUGCUUUCAGCAUCAUGUCUUUGGCUCUGGAUUCCUGUACGAUUUUUGUUUCUAUUUUGGGUAUAUAAAGCGUAUAUAAAACUAAAAAGAUUUUAAAAAGGAAAGCUGAAAUGCUUUGUAAUUGUUUUGACUGGAAAAUGGCAGUGCUGUUUGAUAUUUUGAAAAUGCUCUCUAAAUAAGCACGAAUAUAUAUGGUUGUAUUUGAUAUCCCUUUUUUAAAUAAAUAUGAUUAUGGCUUCUAA